UGUUAUCAAAGUCAUAUCAAACGUAUUGGCAGGCCUCGCAAGCUUUACGCAGGGGUUUAAAUUUAUAAUGAAGGUCUCGUUUUUCAAUAAAACUGAAUCUUUCAAUAAAUUGAUAAAAAGGACAGGUCUUUAGAUCCAUUAAUGGCGAUUCCAUGGAUCAUUCCUAAUGGGACCUCCUUCAGGACAAAGACUGAGAGAAAUUGCUCAAAUUAGAGAAAUUGCCGAAUAAAUUACUAUAAUUAGACACCCUAAUAAAAAAAAGGUGACUUUUCAGGCUCAAUCCCUAGGAUCAAGAGUUACAGAAUAAGCCCAGACAUUGAAAUAAGGAGGUCCCAUUAGGGUUUCGACACGGUACUGCUUUUUUCUUAGGGUUUCUACUCCUAGACAGUUGUUUCAGACGCUUUGAUAUCAGGUUUUAGGCGAAUGGCUGUGGGUUGUUGCUUAAUCAGAGAUCUCGAGUUUUGGUAGAAGGAAAUCAUGGCGAUUUCGAGGACGAGUCUGAAGACAUGGCUUAAUGUGAAGAUAAUUGAUCCUUUUCUGCAGAUACUUCAAAGGGGUACGGAACCGAAGCAACUGGCUUUUUCUGCAGCACUUGGCCUGACCUUAGGCACAUUUCCUAUUUGUGGUAUUACCGUUUUCCUUUGUGGAAUUGCAAUCACUCUGCUUGGAUCUCUUUGUCAUGCUCCAACUCUGAUGCUUGCCAACUUUGUUGCCACUCCAAUAGAGCUAAGUUUGGUGGUUCCAUUCCUGCGUUGUGGUGAGGUUAUAACAGGGGGCUCUCAUUUCCCACUGAACUCAGAUGCCUUUUGGAAGGUUAUCACAGGGAAAGCUUCACGUGACGUUUUGAUCAGCAUUUCCCAUGCGUUGCUGGGCUGGUUGGUUGCAUCGCCCUUCAUUUUCUGUGGAUUAUAUGUGGCUUUCUUGCCCUGUUUCAAGCGUUUGGUUCACAAAUUCGGUUCUCACCCUCUAAGCCCAACAAAGCCUUCUCAUCCACACCCCGAGACCAAGCUCAAGGUUCGAGACGUAUGAUUUUUCCUUCUGCCAGUUAUUGCGAAAACAAUGAAGAAAAUAUUGUGCUUUUGUAGUUGGGGAAAAGAUAAUGUUUUGCUUUGUUCCUUUGUGACUGAUUAAGCUGUUUGUAAAUACAAAGCUUUCAAACUGUGAUCCUUGGAAAGUUUGUAAAGUCUAAUUGGAAGCCAUUCUUGUUCAGUUA